AUGUCGAAGUACAAGAAAGUUUUGCGACAAAGACGUGCAAAUGCAGCUAAGAAGUGCGAAAUUCGUUUACGAAAGGGCUCAACAGAAGACUUGACAGAAGAUGAAAACUUUGAAGUAAUCAAUGAAGACAUUCAAGAAUUCAGCUUUGGUAUGUCUAUACGUGAUAAAAUUAACAAUGAUCAAAAACCCGUUUGUGAAACAUCAACUAAAUAA